AUGGGAAGUAUAGAAAUGGGUUUAGCGUUGAGAAUGUGGAUUGCAGGUCUGCUCCUCCUUACACAUCUUGUUCAUGGAGCUCUCUGUUGGGGAGACGAUGGUCAUUACGCUGUCUGCAAAAUAGCUCAGGGGUAUUUUGAGGAAGAAACUGUAGUUGCAGUGAAGAAAUUUCUGCCUGCGUCUGCAGAUGGUGAACUAGCAGCUGUUUGCUCAUGGCCUGAUGAAAUCAAACGCCUCCCUCAGUGGAGAUGGACUGCAGCUCUGCAUUUUGCUGAUACACCUGAUUAUAAAUGCAACUAUGACUAUUCUCGGGACUGUGCUGAAGACUGGUGUGUGACAGGAGCAAUCUUCAAUUACACAAACCAACUGAUGUCAGCUUCUGAAGAUUCACUGAGUAUUGUCCCCUAUAACUUGACAGAAGCUCUCAUGUUCUUAUCACAUUUUAUGGGAGAUAUCCAUCAGCCUUUGCAUGAAGGUUUUCUAGGAGAUCUAGGUGGUAACAGAGUAAAAGUCAGUUGGUACAAUCAAGAAACUAAUUUGCACCGCGUUUGGGAUGACAUGAUAAUUGAGUCUGCUCUGGAGAAAUACUACAACUCGAGCCUUUCAAUCAUGAUUCAUGCUCUUGAAGACAAACUUAAGUAUGGCUGGUCAAAUGAUGUCCGGUCGUGGGGAUCAUGUCAACGUAACGAAACAGCCUGCCCAAAUCCAUAUGCUUCUGAAAGCAUUGAUCUUGCUUGCAAGUAUGCUUACAAGGAUGCUACCGCAGGGACUACUUUAGGAGAUGACUACUUCCUCUCUCGGCUGCUCAUUGUAGAGAAGAGAAUUGCACAAGGCGGGAUUCGCUUGGCUGCGACUCUAAACCGAAUCUUUUCUUCCAAACCGAAGCUUGCAACAGCAUGAAAAUAAGACUCCCAUGUAAUAUGCUAGUUAAGGUUAUGUGAUGCAAGCUAUUGUUCUGAGUUUUAACUUUGGUAAUAAGUAGUAACCUAAACUAUCAUGUAACGAUAUAGCUACUGUUAUGUUUAAUGCGCUGAUCUUGUGCUGGAUAUAAACUC